UAGAAUUUAUGAACACUGGUUCUUCUUCUAGAAGAUCUAGGUUCAAUUUCCAGCACCCACAUUGUGUCUCACAACUACCUGUAACUCUAGUUCUAGGGAUUCAGUGCUAUAUUCUGGCCUUUGAGGACACUAGGCAUGUGUGUCAUAAAACACACAACUGGAAGAAAAACUUCCUUAUAUAAAAAAUAGAAAAAAUAAUAACUCCAAGAGCAUCACAUUUGCAUGGCUUAUGGGAAUCUUAGGAAACCUAAGUUUCUACAACAAGAUUGGUUUCAGCUUUCUUGUUCCUCUAAGAGUUUCCGUAAGUCUAUACCAAGAGACAAGUACUUCAGUUACACCACAGGUCCAUAAGACUUAAGUGUAUGAAGGAAGCAUCAGCUGGUGGUGCAGACGACAUGGAAACCAACUACUCCAUCGAUCUGAAUGAAUCAGAAUGGGUGGUCUACGAUUCUACCAUCUCCAGACUUCUAUGGAUUCUCUCAAUGGUGGUUGUUUCCAUCACUUUUUUCCUUGGUGUGUUGGGCAAUGGACUAGUGAUCUGGGUAGCUGGAUUUCGGAUGGCACACACUGUCACCACUACCUACUAUCUGAAUCUAGCUUUGGCUGACUUCUCUUUCACAGCGACUCUACCAUUCCUCCUUGUGGAAAUUGCGAUGAAAGAAAAAUGGCCAUUCGGCUGGUUCCUGUGUAAAUUUUUUCACAUUAUGGUGAAUGUAAACCUAUUUGGAAGUGUCUUCCUGAUUGCUGUCAUUGCCUUGGACCGCUGUAUUUGUGUCCUGCAUCCAGUCUGGGCUCAGAACCACCGUACUGUGAGCCUGGCUAGGAAGGUGAUUGUUGGGCCCUGGAUUUUUGCUCUGAUUCUCACUUUGCCCAAUUUAAUUUUCUUGACUACUGUUAGAACUCCUGGAGGGGAUGUAUACUGUACAUUCAACUUUGUACCCUGGGGUAAAACUGUUGAAGAAAGGUUGAAUGUAGCUAUCACUUUUGUAACAACCACAGGGAUCAUCACAUUCAUUAUUGGCUUCAUCAUGCCCAUGUCCAUUGUUGCCAUUUGCUAUGGACUCAUUGCUGUCAAGAUCCACAGAAGAACCCUUGUUAAUUCCAGCCGUCCGUUACGAGUCCUUACAGCCGUUAUGGCUUCCUUCUUUAUAUGUUGGUUUCCCUUUCAACUGGUGGCUCUUUUAGGCACAAUUUGGUUCAAAGAGACAUUGCUUAGUGGUGGUAAUAAAAUUCUUUUUAUGUUUGUUAACCCAACCAGCUCAUUGGCCUACUUCAAUAGUUGCCUCAAUCCAAUGUUGUAUGUUUUCAUGGGCCAAGGCUUCCGAGAGAGACUGAUUCAUUCCCUACCUUCUAGUCUUGAGAGAGCCCUGAGUGAGGACUCUGGGCAAACCAGAGACACAGACACCAAUUCUGCUUUACCUUCUGCAGACAUUGAGAUGAAGGAAGUAUGA